ACGUAUCGUUUGGGGUGGAGGUGAGAUGGCAGUUUAGUUAUUUGUGAGAAAAAGGGUGCAUUCUUCUCUUGUUGCUCUCAGCCUGUGUUGAGUGUUGACGUUAUCGCCAUCGCAUAACUGGAGCUGGGAGGGGAGAGUUGUAAAAUUAAAAAUGGCAAUUCUUAUGGUAUUAAGUCCACCGAAGAUCAAUUACUUAAGGAUGUCGGCGUCGCCAUGGAAGAGGACGAUGAACACCACGUCCACCACCAGGCAUUUCUUCAAGCCUUUGCACUGUGCUCCAGUGCAGCAGGAGCUGCUGCAAGAUGAGCAGGUUGACUCGGUUAUCAUGUGUGAACCUUGUAAUGGAAAAGGAUGGCUACUUUGUGAUUUCUGUGAAGGACAAAAAACCAAUGUGAAAGCUGAAAAUAAGCGGAUCUACCGUCGAUGUCCAUCUUGCAGAGCUUGUGUCUGUCAUGCUAUUGCUUGUUGAUCUCUGUUUGAAUGUACCUAAGAAUCCUGUAGAUUGGAUAUGUCUUAUGUCCUAAGUGCAAAGUUUUCAAAUGUGUUACCUUCCCAAAUUAUAGUGAUGGUGGAUUAUGAACUUUAUGGAGCUGGGAAUCAUUCAACCACUUUGCUUAGAGUUUCACUUUGAUUGUCUUGAGGGGCUUAUUUAAGGUUCCUGUCUUUUCCAUUUAUUCCCUUUCAAAAAUAUUCUUUCAGAAGCCUCUUUGUAAUGUUCAUAUAUGAGUAAUUCAAUAUAGAUUGAAUGGCUAAAUGUUGACCUGUUGUAUAUCUUUAUUAAAGUAAAUAGCUGCACUCCAACUUAAUGAAUCGGGUAGUUCAUUGCUGAUUAUUGAAUGCUGUAGAAGUUUGAGUUGAACAAUUUUUUUUUCUUUUUCUUUUAUAUGAGGACAAACGGCCUCAACGAGGAGCCCAAGACCAAUUUUGGUAUCUGUUUAUUAGACUUAAUAGGCUCUUCAUGGUGAGAAGAUGUAUUGGUGGUGAUGGUGGUUAUCCAAGUUGUGGAGUUGCAGAACUGUUCUGAUAUGUAUUAUUUCACUGGUGAAUUACAGUGACCUUACAUUUGGAAUUACCAUUUUAUUGGUGAUAGUGUGCUGCUUUUACUUUUCGGUUUCUUGAUUGUCUGUAAUUAUUAAAUAAAUGGAAAUCGGAUGUCUGGAAAAA